AUGGUGGACCCUAUUUCGAUCAUUUCGGCGGUAGACCUCUGCUUCAAAUAUGGCACGAAACUGGUUCACUUAUGCAGCGCAAUUGCACACGCCAAAGGCGAUAUUAAAGAGAGAUCCCUCCGUGUGGAAACAUACUGGAUGAGGACGGAGCUCCAGCUGAAUGUGGUGCGGGAAAUUGCUUCUGAGCUCAGUGAGAAGCAUCGGAUGAUACAACAUGCGACGAUUGCAAUGCUCGUCACCAAGUUGGAAAUUGCGAUCAACAAUGUUGAGUCCACCAUAAAGAGUCAUCCUGAUGGGGACCAAGAACUGGAAGUACAUCGGUGGAGAUAUGCGCUUAUGAAGGAAAAGAUUGACCGGACUAUUGAGGAUUUGAAAGAAUGGCAAUCACUAUUUGACCCAUCGUGGUAUCUGAUCAUGAAGGUCACAGACCGUCAAAUCGAUGAUGGCCUAAGGAAGAACCGAAUAUCUUCUGCUAUGAAAUUUCAAGACCCGAUACCUCCUGCGCAGUCUCUCAGGAUAGCGUUGCAUCCGACAGACGCGUACACUCCAUCGCGCAGGGGCCAAUGUCGGGAUAUGAAGAAAGAUAUCCGAGAUCUUGCCAGACGGCUGGCUGGGUCCGAUGCGAUCGAGUUCGGUCUCCUUAGCUGUAAAGGAUAUAUCCACCACCGGAACGACGACUGUUCUCAACCUACGCCAGAUGCAUUUACCAUCAUCUUCCGAAUGCCAACACAGCAUCUUCCACCUCGCUCUCUCCGAGGUUGUUUUCAGGACAUGAACCAUAGCCACUCCCUCUCCGACCGGUUCAAGUUAGCAAACGAGCUUGCGAAAGCAGUGCAUUCUGUUCACUUGUUUGGAUUUGUCCACAAGAACAUCCGACCAGAGACAAUCUUACUUUUGGGAAGUGAUGAAUCCUCAAUUGGAUCUGCCUUCUUGAUCGGAUUUGACAGCUUCCGAAUGGCCUCUGGUAGAACUUUGCGCAAAGGCGAAGCGUCCUGGGAACGAUGCCUUUACCAACACCCAGACCGCAUAGGAAGCAUUUCCUCCGAAGAUUAUAUCAUGCAACAUGAUAUCUACAGCCUUGGUGUAUGCCUGUUAGAGCUGGGAUUGUGGGAGUCAUUCGUGUCGUACGACGAGCUGACUACGGCAAGCGAUGACAAGGCUCCAAUCCCUGUUCGGGCUUCUAUUCUUGGAACAGGCCGAGGGUUAUAUUUCCAAAAGCAUCUCCUCUUCUUGGCGCAGGGUGAACUACGGAAGCGAAUGGGGACCCGAUACUCCGACGUUGUUGUCACUUGUUUGACAUGCUUGGAUGCCAAAAAUGUCGACUUCGGAGAGAAGGCCGAUUUUGAAGAUGCCGAUGGCAUUGAAGUGGGUGUGAGAUAUAUUGAGAAGUAUGACCUUUGUGUGGCUAUCCUUCGCUCCCCUUCCCACGUCAAGGUGGAACUGCGCUACUGGUCAACGACCGUAUCUGAGGAAUAUGCUUCGGAUAUCAUGGAUCGUCUUUUCGAUCAGCUGGAACAGAUUGUGCAUCAUGCGACCAAGCCAUUGAGCGUCAUCACCAGCAUUGGAUGA